AGACGCUACCCGCCGCCGCCGCCGCGCCGCCGCCGCCGCCGCCGCUUUCGUGCGCCUCGCCAGGGAAGGGGCCCGCCGGCUGAACAAGGUAAAGCAUGGCUGCGAAGGUGGCUCUAACCAAGAGAGCUGAUCCAACUGAGUUGAAAACAAUAUUUUUAAAGUAUGCAAGUGUUGAAAAAAAUGGUGAAUUUUACAUGUCCCCCAAUGACUUUGUCACACGGUUCCUGAAGAUAACAGGAGAAGGGGUGCCUAAUCCCAACACAGUCCAGCUGCUGGGAGGUGUCGUGGAUCAGACAAAAGAUGGGUUAAUAUCCUUUCAAGAAUUUGUAGCCUUUGAAUCUGUUCUCUGUGCUCCAGAUGCAUUGUUCAUGGUGGCAUUUCAGCUUUUUGACAAAACUGGCAAAGGAGAAGUUACUUUUGAGGAUGUUAAGCAAGUCUUUGCCCAGACCACAAUCCACCAGCAUAUUCCCUUUAACUGGGAUUCAGAGUUUGUGCAGCUGCAUUUUGGAAAAGAUCGGAAAAGGCGGCUAACAUACGCAGAGUUCACCCAGUUCUUACUGGAAAUUCAGUUGGAACAUGCAAAACAAGCAUUUGUGCAGCGAGAUAAUGCCCAAGCUGGAAGAGUCACUGCCAUUGACUUUAGAGAUAUUAUGGUCACCAUCCGGCCUCACAUGCUGACACCAUUUGUUGAAGAAUGUCUAGUAGCUGCUGCUGGAGGUACUACGUCACAUCAAGUCAGCUUUUCCUAUUUUAAUGGAUUUAAUACCCUUCUUAAUAACAUGGAACUCAUUAGAAAAAUCUAUAGUACCUUGGCUGGACAUAGAAAAGACGUGGAAGUGACUAAAGAGGAGUUUGUUCUGGCAGCUCAGAAAUUUGGCCAGGUUACACCCAUGGAAGUUGACAUCUUGUUCCAGUUAGCAGAUUUAUAUGAGCCACGGGGACGUAUGACAAUGGCUGACAUUGAAAGGAUUGCUCCUUUGGAAGAGGGCACAUUGCCCUACAACCUGGCUGAGGCUCAGAGACAGCAAGCUCCAGGAGAUGUGUCUCGUCCUGUUCUCAUUCAGGUGGCAGAAUCCGCAUACAGGUUUGCCCUUGGUUCAGUUGCUGGAGCUGUUGGAGCCACGGCAGUGUAUCCAAUUGAUCUCGUCAAAACCCGGAUGCAGAACCAGCGCUCCUCUGGGUCGUUCAUUGGGGAGUUGAUGUACAAGAACAGCUUUGAUUGCUUUAAGAAAGUCCUGCGCUAUGAAGGAUUCUUUGGGCUCUAUCGUGGUCUUUUGCCCCAGUUAUUGGGAGUGGCCCCAGAAAAGGCCAUCAAGCUUACUGUGAAUGAUUUUGUGAGAGACAAAUUUAUGAUGAGAGAUGGUUCUGUUCCUCUUGCAGCAGAAAUACUUGCUGGCGGCUGUGCUGGAGGCUCUCAAGUGAUUUUCACAAAUCCACUAGAAAUUGUAAAGAUUCGUUUGCAAGUGGCUGGAGAAAUCACCACUGGCCCACGUGUUAGCGCCCUUACUGUACUACGGGACCUGGGAUUUUUUGGCCUUUACAAGGGAGCCAAGGCAUGUUUUCUUCGCGACAUUCCCUUCUCUGCCAUUUACUUCCCCUGUUACGCUCACAUGAAAUCUGCUCUUGCAAGUGAAGAUGGGCAGGUAGGCCCUGGAUCUUUGCUUCUGGCUGGAGCAAUAGCUGGAAUGCCUGCUGCUUCUUUAGUGACCCCUGCAGAUGUCAUCAAGACAAGGUUACAGGUGGCAGCCCGUGCAGGACAAACAACCUAUUCUGGUGUUAUUGACUGUUUUGGGAAGAUCCUACGAGAGGAAGGUCCACGGGCUUUUUGGAAAGGAGCUGCAGCUCGUGUAUUUCGCUCCUCUCCUCAAUUUGGUGUGACCCUGGUGACUUACGAACUGCUGCAGAGGUGGUUUUACAUUGAUUUUGGAGGAGUAAAACCAGCAGGGUCUGAACCAGUUCUGAAAUCCAGGAUCACCUUGCCUGCACCAAAUCCUGACCACGUUGGGGGUUACAAACUGGCUGUUGCUACGUUUGCAGGGAUUGAAAAUAAAUUUGGACUUUACCUACCUCGGUUUAGGCCCUCACCACCUACCUCACAGGCAACAUCUGCUUGAUCUAACAGCAAAACCCUGCUUUUACUGAGUAUUGGGGAAAGAGCCACAUGUCUGAUCAGCCUCACUGUUUCCUUCCUCUACAGAGCACUGCUAUGCCUGCUUGAGCAGAAAGAAGUCCUGGAGCUCUCAGCAAAACAUCCUACAGCCAUACUGGGAAUCCUGGGACUUCUUUCUGUCCAAGCAUGCCUAGGAUUGCACCAUUAGUUUUCCUAUCUCAACCAAACGUCAUUGAAUCUAUCGGUCUUUUCUCUUCCCCUCUUAUCUACUUUCAAUGUAAUCAUUGUUCUUUGUGCUUCCUAAAUUGGAUCACUGUGAAACUCUUGCUUAACUAGUCUUACUGAUUUGGGUCCAUGAAUGUACUUUUUUCUACUUGCACAUACCUGAGAUUGUGAAUAUACUUGCGCUGGUUUGGGAAACACAUUCAUACAUUAUUAUUUUUCUUCUUCUUGGGGAAUUUGGUGGUGGCCAGGCAGGGAAAGCUGUUGAAAUAUAACCAGCUGGCAUUCAGCACCAGAUGCUGGUGCUCAGUGCAGAAUGGGUUGCAGAGCAUCUGAGUGAGAAUUGCUUACUCAUUCAGCCUUUGCCUGUACAAAGGACUCAAAGGCGAUCAAUGUGGGCAGUACCUGAUUCUGCCCAGUGUGACUGUAUUUUACAUAUGUACACGCACAAGUUGCAUUCCUGGGUUGCAUUAUGAGGCUUUUAUGGGGAACAUGUUUUUGUAACUUAAACCAGAUCAACAAAUGUUUAGCAAUUAUAUUCUGUUCCUGGUAUCAGAAUGCUUGUGGGGUGGGGAGAGAAAUGUAAUUUUCCAUAGUCUGUGCACUUUAUGGAAGAACGUCUGAGCAUCUUAUUAUCCACAAUGAAAUUUAAAUUCCAGGGGUAUGAGCCAUUGGAAGGCAUAACUGUACAUCCUCCAACCUUUUCAGUGAUAUUUUUCUUGAAGCUGCUGCAUGUCCCCCAUCACCAUGAAUGGAGGCUGCACUGAAAGGGUCCUGACUCUUAGCCCUGCUGAUAUUUGGGUUCUUGUUUUAUGUUAUGCACUUAGAGUAACUGCGCUUGUUUAAAUAAAUGCAAUAGAAAAAAAAUCCAUGCACUGUACCUGCCUUAACUGCCAGCUUGUAAUUGGGAAAAUAUUUGUGUGGAAAUUCUUCUUAACUUUGUUGAAUUAAAAAAGAGAUUUUUUAAAAUAAA